UUGUGGUGGCAUGUAAAUACAGUUGCAUCAUUUUAACUUAUCGAUACCUUAGGCCGGUUGCAUUUUGUUUUUGUGUUAUAAGUGCAAGUCCAUGUAGUUUUAAUAGCAAGUGCGUAAUAAAUAUAAAAAAUAUGGAUGCAGACAGCAGUUCACGUUCUACAAAAGAUUCUCAUGGAAGGCGGCAACAACGCCCACGCAAAGAGGACAAAGUGCCCUACUUUGCAAAUGAGGUACGGGAGCGUGAUAGAGUGAGAAAUCUACGCACCAGAGCAAAGCGGUCUCGUUCAGCAACGCCAAAAAGAGAGGAACAAUCACGCUACAAACGACGACAGCGUGACAGAUCAAGGACACGGUCGCCACGCAGACGCUCACCUAGUUAUGAACGUAGCCGUCAUCGCAGUCCCAGCAGAAGCUACAACAGAACCACACAAUCGUCUUAUCGCAGGCGCAGUCGAAGUCGCAGUCGAAGUCAUGGACGCUCGCGUACUCCUAGAAUAAUUACUGUACCAGUGCCAGUGCCUGCAACUGAUUAUCCUUUUGCCUAUGGCUGGCCUGCUCCACGACAGCCAUUUAAUCCGAUGUAUGCGCCAAUGCCCUAUGGCAUGAAUCCGCGGCAAAUGACUCCUUACUUUGCACCUUAUCCACGGCCUCCGCCUUUCAGAUACAGAUCGGGUCCCUUUCAACCGCAUCCACGCUUCAGCUAUAGAAAUGAUCGUAGACCGACGCAUUAAACUUGAGCGCAUCACAUCAAUAGCGUUAACGUAUCAUUAAGAACUAAAAUCCAUUAAAGAGACAAUCCAAGAAAAUUAAGGAUUCAACUUACUCAUCUAAUUUGUCUGCAACUCUCGAGUUUAUACAUAAUUACAAAUUUAUUUACUCAACUGCUAUAUACAUUCGUGUGUUUGUACAUGAAAAUAAUAAAUAUAAAUGAGACUAA